GCUUAACUGUCCCGACGUGGGUUUCCUUAAGCCUGUACCUAGAAGGUCAUGUCUCCGCUUUAGGAGCUAGAAAAGUGACCAGAAGCUAGCCGACACCGACAGACACAGUGCACCGCAGAGCUAGCAUUUAACACUAGUUUCAUUCAUCGAACUACUGCAAAGAUGCAGGAAUGGGCGAAUCAAUUAUGCGAGAAUCGACAAUUUGGAUCCAAGAUGACGGACUCCAAGUACUUCACCACUACCAAGAAAGGGGAGAUCUUUGAGCUCAAGGCUGAGCUAAACAGUGAUAAGAAAGAGAAGAAGAAAGAGGCUGUGAAGAAGGUCAUUGCAUCCAUGACAGUGGGCAAGGAUGUCAGUGCUCUCUUCCCAGAUGUUGUGAACUGCAUGCAGACGGACAACCUGGAACUCAAGAAGCUGGUCUACCUCUACUUGAUGAACUAUGCAAAGAGUCAGCCGGACAUGGCCAUCAUGGCUGUUAACACCUUUGUGAAAGACUGUGAAGAUCCUAACCCUUUGAUCCGGGCCCUCGCUGUUCGCACAAUGGGAUGCAUCCGCGUGGACAAGAUCACAGAGUACCUGUGUGAGCCACUGAGAAAAUGUCUGAAGGACGAAGACCCGUAUGUGAGGAAGACGGCCGCUGUGUGUGUAGCAAAGCUCCAUGAUAUCAACGCCCAGUUGGUGGAGGACCAAGGCUUCCUGGACACCCUUAAAGACCUCAUCUCUGACUCCAACCCCAUGGUUGUAGCAAACGCUGUGGCAGCGCUGUCUGAGAUAGCCGAGUCUCACCCCAACAGUCAUCUCCUGGACCUGAACCCUCAGACCAUCAACAAGUUGCUGACUGCUUUAAAUGAGUGUACAGAGUGGGGACAGAUAUUCAUUCUUGACUGCCUGGCCAAUUACACGCCUCGCGAUGAUCGAGAGUCCCAAAGCAUCUGUGAGCGCGUGACCCCACGGCUCUCCCACGCCAACUCUGCAGUGGUGUUGUCGGCUGUUAAAGUUUUAAUGAAGUUCAUGGAGAUGCUGCCCAAAGACUUGGACUACUAUGGCACCCUGCUUAAGAAGCUCGCCCCACCACUGGUCACUCUCCUCUCUGCUGAGCCCGAGCUACAAUAUGUGGCUCUUAGAAACAUCAACCUUAUCGUACAGAGACGGCCAGAGAUCCUGAAACACGAGAUGAAGGUUUUUUUCGUAAAGUACAAUGACCCAAUCUAUGUCAAACUGGAAAAGCUGGACAUCAUGAUUCGCCUUGCAUCUCAAGCCAACAUCGCCCAGGUCCUGGCUGAGCUAAAAGAAUACGCCACAGAGGUGGAUGUGGACUUUGUACGCAAAGCAGUCCGAGCGAUUGGCCGCUGUGCCAUCAAAGUAGAGCAAUCAGCCGAGCGCUGUGUCAGCACGCUGCUGGACCUCAUCCAAACCAAGGUCAACUAUGUGGUGCAGGAGGCCAUUGUGGUGAUCAAGGACAUCUUUCGCAAAUACCCCAACAAGUACGAGAGCGUUAUAGCCACACUGUGUGAGAACCUGGACUCCCUGGAUGAGCCGGAGGCGCGUGCCGCCAUGAUCUGGAUUGUGGGAGAGUAUGCUGAGCGCAUUGACAAUGCUGAUGAGUUGCUGGAGAGCUUUUUGGAGGGUUUCCAUGAUGAAAGCACUCAGGUGCAGCUACAGCUGCUGACGGCAAUCGUCAAGUUGUUCCUGAAAAAGCCCACCGAGACCCAGGAGCUGGUGCAGCAGGUGUUAAGUCUAGCUACUCAGGACUCUGAUAACCCAGACCUCAGGGACCGCGGCUACAUCUACUGGCGCCUGCUCUCGACGGACCCUGUGGCCGCCAAGGAGGUGGUUCUGGCUGAGAAGCCCCUGAUCUCUGAGGAGACGGAUCUGAUUGAGCCCACGCUGCUGGAGGAGCUCAUCUGCCACAUUGGUACCCUGGCCUCUGUCUACCACAAGCCUCCCAGUGCUUUUGUUGAGGGUAGCCGUGGAGUUCAGCAUAAGAGACUCCCCGCCAAUGCUGGAUCUGGCGAGAGUGUUGAGAGCCCAGAUCCAGGUUCUGCUGCUGGAGUCACCGAGGCACCUCCUGCCGUCAUCCCAUCCCAAGGAGACCUCCUCGGAGAUCUGCUUAAUCUGGACCUGACACCUACUACCACCACUGGACCACCACCACCCACUACCUCCGGUAUGCAGAUGGGGGCUAUGGACCUUCUUGGCGGAGGACUGGACAGCCUGAUGGGGGAUGAGUCUGAGCCGCUUGGUGGAGACAUUGGAGGAAAUCCUGCUAUGGGGGCUGCUUUCGGUGCUGCACCCGCUACGAUGCCAGCCUCUUUCAACGCCCCUGUUAGCGGCGGUCUGGAUGACCUGUUUGAUCUGGGAGGUGGAGUUGGAAUGCCCAUGGGAGCCCUCAACCCCCCAAAAGCAGUCUGGCUUCCAGCCAUGAAAGCCAAGGGUUUGGAGAUAUCAGGCGUUUUUGUCCGCCGUGCUGGGGUCAUCCAAAUGGAGAUGACCCUCACUAAUAAAGCUAUGAGUGUCAUGACUGAUUUUGCCAUCCAGUUUAACAGAAACAGCUUUGGUCUCGCUCCGGCUGGUCCACUUCAGAUUCUCACUCCUCUUAGCCCCAACCAGAGUAUUGAAGCGGCCCUUCCUCUCAGCACUGUGGGGCCAGUCAUGAAGAUGGAGCCUCUGAACAACCUGCAGGUGGCUGUUAAGAACAACAUUGACGUAUUCUACUUCAGCUGCCAGUACCCCAUCAGCAUGCUGUUCGUGGAGGACGGGAAGAUGGAGCGGCAGGUGUUCCUUGCCACAUGGAAAGACAUUCCUAAUGAGAACGAGUCCCAGUUUCAGAUCAAAGACUGCCAUCUCAACUCAGAUGCCGCCUCCAACAAACUGCAGAGUAGCAACAUCUUCACCAUAGCCAAGCGCACAGUGGAGGGUCAGGACAUGCUGUAUCAGUCCAUGAAGCUCACCAACGGCAUCUGGGUGCUGGCCGAGCUGAGGGUGCAGGCAGGAAACCCAAACUACACGAUCUCCCUGAAGUGCCGAGCUCCAGAGGUCUCCCAGUGCGUUUUCCAGAACUACGAGGCGGUGCUGAAGAACUGAACCUCCUGGGCGUUUCCCUAGAUCUCCAUCACCCACAACCACAUUGCAAACUAAUGCAGCGCAAGGUGUUGGCGCUCUAUAUGUCAAUCCAGCUGUUAAUUUGGGAUGUUUUAUGAUAAUGGUCCGGUUUUGAUACAUCACUUUUUUUUUCUCUCCAAAGACUGCAGAUAAUCUUGGUUCACUGCCUUGGUUUGCAAUAUCUUGUUUCUUACCCGAAAAGAUUUAGUUUCAGGACGUUAUCCUCUGAUCUAUUUCCCAAAUGAUCACUUUCAUAUUAUUGCUCUUCAACUCUGUGACGGCUGGUAUUUUUUCAGAGACGGACUGCUGUAUUCCCGUGACUGUUUUCCCUGUGUGAGGCUUUUUAAUCAUUAUCAAGCCCCACUACUGCAAUUUGCAGUCUAAUUUUAGCGUCUGCAAUCAGCAUAUGAAUCAUCGCGGUCUGCUUAUUUAUUUAGGGUUCCUCAAGAAAAAAAGCUUUAACUUUCUUGACCCGUAAGCAUGUGUGAAGUGGCUGUAGAAAAGACACAGACAUACUUAGAAAUAGCAUUAUGUUUGUCUUUUUCCAGUUUUCUUUGGUGUUUGUGCAUCUUCUGCCAUCCCCAAAGGCGUUCUUUUUCAUUCUCCAUCAAUGUCUGGACAUUUUGGAGCAGCAGUCCUCCACUGCAUUCUGGUUUUCUUAGUCAUUCCAUCGUUUGAUGUGUGUGUGUAUAUACUUGUUAGCGUUCAUAUAGUAAGCUGAGAGCAACCCCCCCUCCCCCACGCAUCAAUGACGUCCAUUCGAUGUUCUCCCGAUCCUUUUAUCUCUAUCACUUUCAUUCUGGUGCAGCCUGUUGAGUACCGUGCCCCACUUGGAUGAAGGAUCACGUCUUAAACAUAUGAUGCCAUGGCUCGAGACACACUAAGUAAUAAGUAUACAUGUAGGUAGCACACUGUUUACAUGCAGUGUUCCUGUUCUACCUAUAGACUGGCCCAGAUUAAUUGGAUUCCUGUUUCAGUCCUUACUCUGAGGGCCUUAUUGUCGCCUCCCCAGGAUGUGUCUGUCCUCGUGAACAGCUGGUCGAGAUCACAACCGAGGUGGCUGUGAACCCUGAGCACGCGGUUGUGUGUGGUGAAGGCAUUUUCAUUUGAAACGCUGUAAAAUUAAAAAGAAUCUUAUGUUAAUCCGUAAGAAUUUCAUUAACAGGAUUUUGUUAAUUGUGUGUACAUCAAAAGAACGAUUAAAACUCUUGAUAAAUUCA